GUAUUGUGUCACGCUUCCCCGCGCACUUUCUGAGAGGCGAGGUACCCAAACUAUUUGCUCAGUCGAGCGUACGGGGAUUUCGAGGUAUAGUUAGAAGGGGGCCUGUAGGGUUUACGUAGAAGGAAUUUGCCUGGCCAGGGGAAGGAAGGUACACCGGUCCUCUCACCCAGGGUAGACUUGGACCAACUUGUGUGUGACAGAUUGUGAGUCACCGACAGUGAAUGGCUACAUCCAUGUGGAAGUCAAGACAAUACUUCUGAGUUUGUGCCGACAGUUAAACCGAAUAUGGCGAUUAUCAGGUCGUUUCUGUGUUGGGCAAACACACGUUCUGGGAGUGCUGUCAGUGGCUACUACAGUCUGGUAAUAUCUGUGAUGUGUUUGGCCUUUUACUUAUUCCGAUACAUCGGCCUUGAUGCAAUUAGUGCUUCCAUGGAAUUUCGAGGCAUUGUGUAUGCUGGAUUCGUCCUAUAUUCCCUGAUGAUAGCAGUCUCCCUGGUCCUGCUACCAGGGGUGUAUAUGGACAAAAAGUACCUGUUGUUACCAUGGAUAUACGUGUUGGUAGUAACGGUGUUGUAUGAGACGGGAGCCAUUGCCCUCCUGACAACAGUACACUUAGAGAAUGAAAAGACUCUGCAAACGUGGGAAAUCAUCUCUCUAUGUUUUUACUGCUUCCGCUUGGUUGCAAAUUGUUACUGUUUUGCUUGUAUAGUGUCCCAAUACCAGGAACUCUCCGAAGGGAGAGGAACGUAUGACUUUUUGUACAAACCACGGUCUCGGAGAAUGCGUCGGUAUUUCUCAGCUUCGGAUUUGGACACCUAUAGUCCUCCAUAUGGCGUGCAACUGCCUCCGUAUAUGGAAGACGACCCACGUAAAGACUGUAGUCCUCCAGACUAUGAACAAAUAGAAAUAAAUGAACACGAUACAGCCGAUAUGUUCUGUACAUUAGCAUCAGCGUCUGCACCCAGGCAUAACGAUACAGAAAACCCAGAAGACAUGCAGGAAAACAGAACAGGUGUGACAUUUCAAAGGACUACUUAUGUGACAUGGAUAUGAAAACAAUGUGAUAUGUGAAAAUGUGACAGAACUUCGUUACUAUGCAAUAAGAAAAGGAUAGUGUUGCCGUUGGCGUUGUCAUUGGCGCCAGUGAAACUUCCGUCCUUUAACUCUGUGUUCGCGCGGACGCCCGAGAUACCAAUGAACCAGCGUGCAAUGUGAUAAGUCAAUAUGUGACACUGAAACUUGUAUAUAAAGAGUGUUUGCAUGUGUGAGUGAUACGAAAUAUGCAUUUAAACGUUUCAUUGAUUUAUUCUAUCGAGAAGGAAACAGGAUUACUGCUGAACAGGAUCCACGUUACAAAUAUUGGCGAUACAGACGGGUUGAAAUAGGAGAUAAAUAGUGCUAUGUGUUGUUUAGUUAAAAACUACUGUUACCGUGAGGAUAACACGGCAUAGUGUCUUACGGAUUCCGAAAAAUUGUAACAGAUUUAACUAAGAAGAAACUCAAAUCUAGUUAUUGGAGCAAUUGCGGAAUAUUCCUCGAACAGAUGUGAUGUCAGCGAGGAGAGCAGCAAUAUGAUGUCAUAUGUAUUGAUAUACAGUUUGCAUUCUCCGCCCACAUUCCACUUUACCUCAUUUACAUGUGUUCAGCCUGAAGGAUGUGUGCGCAACAUGGCGUUAUACAUAUACUGCAUGUGGUAAUUGACCUUUGUGGUUACAUCUUUAUGUUUAUAUGUACAUAAAUAUUGGCAUUCGUCACAGUGAGUGCAAUAAAAUAUUUUUG